GAUCCAUAUGAAAAUUCAGAAAACAAAAUGCGUAUCUCCGUUUCUGUGUUUGUUAUAAUUAUAAUAUCACAAUAUAAUGCUUGUGUAUUCGGUGCUUUCAAAGAAUUUUCGGACUUUUCACGAGUGUCUGCAAAUGAUAACAAAAGACCAACUCUUGACAUUAUAGGGGAAUAUGAGCAGAUUCAAAGUCUGUCUGAAUGUAGCUCAAGGUGCUUUAAGCGACCGGGUUGUACAACUUUCUUCUUUCAUCGAGGAUCUAGGAAAUGUUAUGCAACCAGCUCUGCAAAUGGACUUUUACCAUCCGAAGGAUUUGUGCAAUUCUCCAUUCAAACAAGUGUGCCACAAAGGAGAGAAUUUGGCAAAUCGCAUUAUCUUCUUGUGAAGAAUAGAUUAGCGAUCUUAGAGGCACAAAGAUACUGUUUGGCGCUUGGGGCAAAGCUUGUCGAGAUAGAAACUCCAGAAGAAAGCACAUAUUUGACAAACAUGGCAAUUCAGGAAAAUACUGAUAUUCUACUCGGGAUAACUGAUGCCUUUAUGGAAGGAAAAUGGGUGUUCUUAUCUUCAAUGGAUUCUGUUCCUCUUUUCAACUGGAGCAUUGAGGAUCCCGACAACGAUAGGAAUCAAGACUGUGCAGGAAUAGUAAACUAUAAAAGCUACACGUGGGAUGACAUCGAUUGUUCGGACAAAAGGACAUUUGUUUGUGAGAGAUUAACAGUUUAA